AUGGGGAUUUUGUCUAGCUGGAUAAAUGAUUUGAAUUUUGUCAUCAUCUUUGAUGCCAACAGCAUUGGCACCUAUUGGGGUCAAAAUGCAUACGAGGGAAGCCUAUCAGAAACAUGUGCCACCUAUACACACAGCCACGUUAACAUAGCCAGCCUUGACGAAUUUGGUGGUGGUCGUUACCCAAAACUCAAUCUGGCCGGUCACUGCGACCCCACAAACGUGAAUGCGGUAGCUACACUUCAAACUCUAGGCGAGACGCUCGUGGUCUGGCAGAGUAUUUGUGGCAAGAAUUCUUGGCUGUUAAUCAUAGAGGAUCGAGAGGCCCCUUUGGUGAUGCCGUGUUGGAUGGUAUCAAUUUCAAUAAUACGAGAUGGAUCAAAUUCAUACUAUGAUAAUGUUGUGCGUUACCUGAAAGACAAGGACGAAACUAUUCUUUUGGCUGCAACUUCAGAAUCUGUAUAUCCUGAUUAUUACAUGGGGGAAGCUAUUGCAACAGGCCUUCUUGAUAUUGUUUGGGUUCAAUGUUUUAACGAUGAGUGUUGCGAAUACACUCCUGGAGACAUAAUCUUACAAAUAUCUAUAGCCAAUGGAAUGAAAGGGCAAACGUAAAGCACAUAGGUUGGGGGUUAGCGGCUACAAUGGGUGCAGCCCCACGUGGAGGGUAUAUUCCGAUCAGUAAUCUAACAAAUGGAGUCCUUCCAAUAAUGCAAGCUGCACCAAAAUACGUAGGCGUGAUGGUUUGGAGUAGGUACUUUGAUAGGAUAGUUGGGUACAGCCAAGCUAUUGAAUCAUAUUAAGAAACGAAAUAGAAACUGGUGCACUCUUCUUAAAAGGCUGAAUACCUUCAAUUUGGUAAUUGGGCUUGCUCUGAAUAAUAAAUCCUGACUAAUUCCAUGCAUGUUGUUGUCUUGGAAACGCCA